UCUACUUUUUAUACACACAGUUCUCUCGUUCUUUGUCUUCCUCUCUCUCUUUCCCUCUCGGAGCUCCUCCCUUUCUCUUUCUCUCUCUAGUGUUGAAGAGUUAGUCUCUCUGCUUCACUCAUGGCGUCUUCUCGUGAGGGCCACUACAGAGGAGUGAGAAAGAGGCCAUGGGGGAGAUACGCAGCUGAGAUACGCGAUCCUUGGAAGAAAACCAGAGUCUGGUUGGGCACUUUCGAUACGCCAGAAGAGGCUGCUUUAGCCUAUGAUGGUGCAGCUAGAUCCCUCAGAGGAGCCAAGGCCAAAACCAACUUUCCCGCACCCGCCACUGCUUUAUCACUCGACCUCAACGCGCCAUCCGACCGCUGGAGCUCCCCCUCCGGCCGCCUCGUACUCGGUGAGUUUCUGCAGACGGGUGUUCUCAAAGACAUGAGCUGCGAGGGUGGUCCCUCCGCCAAAGCUGACAGUACUGUUUCCGUCGCCGUUCCGGCACCGGAAGUCCCUACUCCGGCAUCGUUUUUUGGGAUUGUCCGACGUGGGUUGCCCAUCGACUUGAACGAGCCUCCACCGUUGUGGCUGUGAUGAUAACUCUCCCUGACCAUGUAGCAUUUUAACGGAGUCGUUUUGAUCUGUAAUCUCUGUUCUAUUUUCCUGGCGUUUCGUUUUUUCAUAUUUUCCUUAAGAGAGAGAGCGAACAACCAAUUUGAAAGAGUUAGAGACGACGAUAUUAUAUCAUAUCAUAUGUACAUAUAUGUUUUUGUAUUUGCUUAUCACUCACUUAUCAUCAACACUAAAACCUCCCUUCGAUUCCACAA